GUAUAAAGGCACGGCUGGAGGGCAGCACCUCACAUGCUCUCUCCGACCUGCGCCCGCCGCCACAGCAGCAGCCAGGGUCCUAAAAGAUGGAUCUUCCCAACUACCCACUUCCUCAGCUGGACGUCACCUUGCAAGAGGUGCGGCGCGUGCUGCAUCUCACCCUAUCGGCCGACGCCUACGCUGACUUCAACACCGCCCUGCAGCAAGAGGGAGCACUGCUGGAGAAGACGCACGAGGACUUGGCAGACAGGGCAGCGGGGGAGGAGAACUGGGUGACGGGGCAGUUCAAGAGCGGGCUGCUCUCUCUGGACCAGCCGGUGCCCGGGUCCACGGCCCUGCCGGCGGUUCUGCCCGCCCCAUCCAGGACCUGCAGCCAGCUGCAGAGAGCGGCCGCACUUCUCUGGUCAGCGGCCACGCUGCACAGCGCCCCCUCGCUGCUGGAGGAGGGCGUGUCUCUGGAGGACACGCAGCAGUCAGAGCUCUUUUCCACCUGCAGAGUCCCGGGGAAGAAGCAAGACCAGCUGAAGGUUUACCCUGAGAGUCUUCACGCCAUCGUCAUCUGUCCCGAGGGAGUGUUUCCAGUCGACAUCCUCAGUCACUCGGGCGGAACCAAGACUGCGAGAUCCGUCGCUGACAUCUACAGUCAGCUGGUGAAGGUCGAGGCGGCAGCGAGAUGUGGAAAGCAGAACGGCCAUUCUUCCAUCUGCAGCUUCUCCGCACAGCGGCGCCGGUCCUGGGCAGCCGUCAGGGACAAGGUUCUGGAGAGUGGUGGAGCAGCAGCAGCGUCUCUGGAGGUCGUGGAGGGCGCCGUGUUGGCGCUGUGCCUGGAAGACUCUGACGCUCCUGCGGAACUGGCCGACACCCUGAACGCUGUGAAGCUGGGACGAAAAGACGGAGGUCCGACUCUGCGCUACUAUGACAAGACGGUGAACGUGGUGGUGUUCCAGGACAGCACAGCCGGGAUGCUGUUCGAACACUGCGCGGUGGACGGCAUGGUGGCUGGACUGGUGGCGGAGCGCAUGUACCGGCUGUCUGAGAUGGUGGACUGUUCUCUGCUGCACGCCAGUGUCAUCCAGAACCACCAGCCGCGGCUCCUAACGUUGCCUUUGCCCAGCACCAUCCCCAGCCAUUCUCCGAUCCAAGAAACCAGCCGUGUCCAGACGCUCGACGUGUCUUCCUUCCCCGAUGUCUUCUCCACGCUCCGGGCCCAGAGAGGCCUCCUGGAUGCCUGGAUCAACUUCUCCCUGCAGCUGUCCCUCACUCAGGUUCUACACGAGUCGUCCAGCGAGCACAUUCUUGUCACACCAACCCACGUCCGGCACUUCAAGCACGGCCGCUGCGACCCCACGUACUCGCUGAGCCGGCAGUCUCUCCAGCUGGUGGGCGCCAUGGCUUCGGCUUUGGGCCCUGAUAACACGCUCCAGCACACACCAGACCUGCUGCAGCUGUUUCAUGCUGCAUUUGUGGAACACAAACGUCUCAUCAAAAACACCAAGUGCGGUCACGGUGUGGGUCCUCACGUGGCUGUUUUGAGACAGUCCCUGCUGCCCGACAGUCCACUGAAGGGAUUCCUGGAUCCCUUUGGACGGCCAUCUGUGUACCUGUCAGGCUGUGACCUGAUGGAGGGGGUGGAGUUUGCAGUUGGGAACGUGUAUGCUCCAGAUCAGCUGGUGGUGACCUACCUGGGGAAAACCGACAGAGUCCGAGUCGUGCUCAAUGCCAAUGGCAGCUUUGCUGUGGUGCUGGAGAAGCUCCAAGCAGUUUUUGAGUCAAACCUGAAGCUCGUCAUGCUUCUGGCUGUCAGGUACGCGAUUGUCUGUCAAAUGGGGGCGCAAGAGCUCCUCCUGAAGCAGAAAGAAGAGCCAGGUGAGAGAAUGAGGGCGAUCACAGAAAGGAGCACCGACUACACCCUGCUGAUCCACGGCGGCGCCGGAGAGGAGACGUUGCUGAACCCUCAUGUGGUUGGGGUUGUUGAGUUCGCUUUGCAAACAGCGCUGUCUCUGGGGUCUGAGGUUCUGGAGCACGGUGGCAGCAGCCUGGAUGCGGUGCAGAGGUCAGUGGAAGCUCUGGAAGACUGCUUCCUCUUCAACGCCGGCAAAGGAUCAGUCUUCAACAAGGAAGGCAAAAACGAAAUGGAAGCCGCCAUCGUGGACGGCACCACGUCCAGGUGCGGGUCUGUGGCUUGCGUCACGAGCGUGAAGAACCCAGUGAGAGCAGCCAGAUGUGUCAUGGAGAAGAGCUCCCAUUCGCUGAUCGUAGGAGAUGGUGCGGAAGAGUUUCUGCAGGGGGCGGAGCCCAACGACAAGCCGGUGGGACCGGACUACUUCUACACCGAUAUCCGCCACAAACAGCUGAUGGCAAAGCUCAGCGAGGUGAAGAACCCCAGGAACAAUCACCCUCAAACUGUUGGAGCCGUGGCAGUAGACCACUGUCUGGGGCUGGCAGCGGCGUCAUCCACCGGUGGGCUUGUGGGGAAGCUGAGGGGGCGGGUCGGUGACACGGCAGUGGUUGGGGCCGGGAUAUACGCCGACGACAAGCUCGCCAUCGCCUGCUCAGGAGACGGAGACGUCUUCCUGAGGCACACGGUUGCCCAUAAGAUCGCCAGCCUCUACCAUCACAAGGGCUACCGUCUGAGGGAGGCCUGCAGAGAGGUGGUCAGGGAAACCCUGAAAGGGGUCUGUGCAGGAAUCAUCGCUGUGGACCUCAAAGGUGAAGCUGUGAUCGAAACUAACGCUGCGGUGAUGUUUGUGGCCUCAAGAGUGGAUGGGGCUUCGCAUGUAGAAGUUCUGAAGCCUGCAAGGAGCUUCUCCAACGUGAUCUGGGAGACAGAUGAACAUGUGGCCUACCUUCAUUCCAAUCCGUGGACUCCUGGUUCCACUGUCUUGACCCGGAAAGCUCUGAGUGGGCCCAGCAGCAUCUUCCAUUUGCCUCCUUCUGCUGUCAUGUCUCUGCUCAGGAGCUCCAAAGUGGUGGCCGGAUUCCUCUGCGAGAGGCUGGACGUGCAUCGAUGUGCAAUGCUCUCUCACCCCAGCUCCAGUGAGCCGGCUCAAAUUCGGAUUCUCCCUCUGCACGGCUUGGAGCAAAACUGUCAACGAUGCAUCUCUGAAGAGGAGGAGUUUCACACGCACCACACAGGCUACUGCACCUCCAAAAACGGCCCCCGUUGGGACGAUGAAGCUCUGAGCCGGGUUCAAGCCCAAAUUCGAAGUGGCCUUCCAACACCCAACGCACCGCCCUGCUUUGAUUUCUUCGGAGAUCCGUCUGACGGCAACCUAUUCAGCCGCAUUGUGAGAGGGGAGGAGCCUCAGUGGCGAGUGUGGGAGGACGCGCAGCACGUGGCCUUCCUGACACCUUUCCCAAACACUCCUGGGAAAACCGUCGUGGUCCCGCGUAAACCCCUGGCCAGUGACGUCUUCGCACUUGAGGACGCCGAUUACCAAGCUCUCAUUUUGGCCACGUACAAAGUGGCCAGACUACUAGAGAGUGGUCUGGGGGCCACAGGCGUGGCUCUGAUCUUUGAGGGCCUGGAGAUCAACUACGCCCACGCCAAGCUGAUUCCACUGCUCCCUGCACCCAGUGGAAGCAACGUUGCUCAGAAGCAGUUGGAGUGCUUCCAGACUUACCCUGGAUUUGUGUCAUCACUGGACGGACCACCAGCGGAGCCAGAGAGCCUGGAGAAGAUCCACUCUCAAAUCACAGAGUGCCGCCCUCCGUCCUCGUGGGGAGACCCCCCCUCCCACUCCACCGUGGCCAUCAAGAGCCAGUGGUACCGAAACCUGUUCCAGAUUCAAAACACACUCUUCCACAGCACGGUGGAGUUCUUCCACGGUUCAUGCCGCUUCUCCUACGCGCUCACUCCUCUGACCACCGACACCAUCUCCUCACCCAUGGGCCUGGGGUCCGACUCGGAGCCCGUGUCUGUCAACCUGCUGGGUCAGGAUAUCUACCUUGCGGACUCCAUGCAAUUCAUCCUGGAGUAUUUCCUGCGCUUCCAGGAGAACCUGCAGGGCACCUACUACAUCUCUCCCAGUUUUCGAGGGGAGGACCCAGACGCCACGCACCUGAACCAGUUCUAUCACGUGGAGUGUGAGCUGCUGGGCGACAUGGAUGAUGCCAUCUCCACUGCAGAGAGCUACCUGGCUCACCUGACCAAGGCCAUGUUGCAGAAACACUCUGACAUCAUACUGAAGACGGCUGGGACUCUGGAGCAUGUGAGCGCCUUGUUGGCCAAGCUGGAUGGGAGACGUCCUCUGCCCCGGGUCCCUCUAGAUCAGGCCAUUCCCAUGAUGCCCUCUGCUGACUGUGUGGAGUGGGUGCAGGAGGGGCAGCCGAUGUUCGGCAGGAAGCUCACACGCAAGGGGGAACGUGUCCUGAUCCAGAAAUACGGCGGAGCAGUGUGGCUGACCGAGAUGGACCACCUGGGCGUGCCGUUCUACCAGGCCUACGUGGCGGGUACUGGGCACAACAAAGCCAAGGCUGCUGACCUUCUGCUGGGUCUGGGGGAGACGCUGGGUCUCGGGGAGCGUCACUCCACCGCGGAGAUGGUCCAGGAGGCUCUGAGGCAUCACGCAGUUCCUGAACAGUCGUACAAGUGGUACAUCGACAUGCGGCGGGUGAAGCCACUGCUGACCAGCGGCUGGGGCAUGGGAACAGAGCGCUAUCUGUGCUGGCUGCUGCAGCACAGCGACGUCAGAGAUAUGCACAUCAUUCCAAGAAUGAAAGGAAUUAAAUUCAUGCCCUGAUCGCAGCAGAUCAGCCCCACACCUGCUCAGCUUCGCUACUGACCCCCUGUGUGUCUUUCAAUCAGCUCCAGUAUUAGUUUGAUGGAGUAAAUAAUUCUGAUUCCCUGAUUAGUUUGGAGGCACGUCAGUGGAGAACAAAAUGCUUUGCUAGUAAACACAUGAUCCUCUGUGUGAGUGAAACGAAAUAAAGUGUCUGAAAGCAUCGGACCUGGACCAGGAGUUCUUUCACGUACAGUAGAAGCCCAGUUGAAUGGACUGCCUCUGGUUCGGGUGACUACAAGAAGGUGACUCAUUUUCUGGGACUUAGGUCAAAGAUAAUGUAAAUGACGUCAUCAAUGCAAUUGGAACAAUUGGACUUUAUAGGUAAAUUUGAACUUGAGUGAAUGGCGCGACAUAUUUUGGGCCACUGGGGGGAGCUGGAUGGU